CUCUGGAGCUUCGUAUCCACCAUGAAACAUCUAUCUAACAUAUAAUGCUGUAUGUAUAAAUUGGCUGGCUUGCUUGUAGCAUCAGUCGGAUCUUAGCAAAAAACUGCGUAAUCUAUCGACGGAGAUGGCAGGUGUGGCAGUGUCAUCAUCAUGGAUGGAUCCGAAUAUCCGAAAACUGCUCUCUACCAACGUUCCUCACAUUCAGACGCUAUGGCUUUGCCUGGAUCCACCUACCAUAAUGGUAUUAUUAUAUCAUGUAUACUUCAUUAAGAUCAUUUCUUUCUGUGUAUGGACUUAUGAUUUGGUGACUGCCUUCACCACAAGAUUGAGGGAAGAGACUUCCGAUCCUGAGCCUUCAAACACCACUACUAGUAGAGGAUUACCAGAUAAUUGGAACCAUGAAGAUUGUUCCCAUUAUCUUCCUUGCCAUCUCGACAGGGGCCUUUGUUCUGCCCCAGAAUAUGUUCCAGCCAUUCCAGCCUUCAUUCGAUAGUAUCAAUAACGAGAUCGACCAACCCACUACUACAACUCUACCAAUCACCUACCGCAAAUGCUACAAGUUAACACACAUCGACCGCGGCGAGAUCAAACGUUUCAUCCCUCACGGCGGUCACGGCGGAUUCUUCUGGGAACCACUCUUAUUCGACGAAGACACCCCUCCAAGAACAUUCCAAGUAUGCGGAGACUACAAAUCCGGUUGCCCAUCCCCCGAGGGCAACGUAACCGAUGGCGGGUCUUUCUAUCUCAACUGGCUUUCCAAAGAAUGGGGUCCACUUGUGCUUAAGGCGAAUCGAGAUAAGUCUUGGUAUCUCUGGCCUAAUGAGAACAGCGAAAAUAAAGAUCCGCUGGUCCCGUUCAAGUUCCAGGCUGUAAAGGAUGACGGUGACAAGAAAGGGUUUCUGCGUAUUCGCGGUAACAAUACGCAUGGGUUCAAUGGACUUGUUAUUGUUAAGGAAUACAAUCAGAAUGCCCUUUGGAAUACGAAGGGGGAUGGGUCUAUGAAGUUUAGGUUUGAUGAGGUUGAAUGUAAGGGUGAUGAGACUCAGCAUUUGGAUGGUGAGGAGCAUGGGGAGUUGUAAUUUUACUAUUUUUUUGAAAUGCAG